AUGCAUCAAGCACUUCUUACAGCGAUAGGCAUUGCGGUUCUGCCAUUCGUCACUGCUGAAAUCAGUUGGGAUGAGGCCUACGCCAAAGCAAAGGCUGCCGUUGCCAAAAUCUCCAUCCCGGAGCAGGUUGGCCUCGCCACCGGACAAGGGCGAGGCACAUGCGUAGGAAACAACUACCCCGUCGACUCCAUCGGUUAUCGUUCCCUAUGCUUGAAUGAUGGACCCCUGGGCGUGAGCCGUGCCACCGCCGCUACCGCCUUCACACCGAGCAUCCAUGCCGCCUCAACCUGGGACAGGGAGCUCGUUCGUCAGCGCUCCCAAUUCCACGGCGAGGAGGCCAAAGCCCUGGGCGUCCAGGUUCUGCUCGGUCCUGUUGCUGGCCCGAUAGGUAAAAUACCAGAGGCAGGUCGCAACUGGGAGGCAUGGGGCUCUGAUCCCUACCUCAACGGCGUCCAUUCUGCCAUCGCCAUUCAAGAAAUGCAGAGGACUGGCGUUCAGGCCUGUAUCAAACACUAUAUUGGAAACGAACAAGAACUCAACCGUACUACUAUGUCGAGUAAUAUCGAUGAUCGAACUAUGCAUGAAGUCUAUCUCUGGCCAUACUAUGACGCUGUUCGUGCCGGGGCUACCUCCGUCAUGUGCAGCUACAAUAAGCUCGAUGGUGUAUGGGCAUGCGAGAAUGACCAUAUCCUCAACAAGCUCCUCAAGACAGAGCUGGGGUUCCCGGGAUAUGUCAUGUCCGAUUGGGGCGCGCACCAUACCACCGUGCUGAGCGCCAACUCCGGUCUUGACAUGUCCAUGCCCGGAUCCGCGUACAACAGCUCGAGUAACCUAUGGGGCGGCAACUUGGAGCGCGCCAUCCGGUGUGGAAAGGUCAAGAGGGAGCGUGUGGCGGAUAUGGCGCUCCGCAUCCUCGCCGGAUACUACAAGACAGGGCAAGAUGGGGGAUACCCUUCGGUUGACUUUACCCGCGAUGUCCAGAGCAAUCACGGCGAGAACGUUCGCAAGACAGCCCGCGAUGGCACCGUCUUGCUCAAGAAUGAAGGCAGUAUCCUUCCUUUGAAAUCACCAAAGAGCAUCGCUGUGGUUGGCUCGGGCGCCACCACCGACGGCGCGGUUGGGAUGGGCGGUGGCUCAGGAGCUGCCCGAUACCCAUACUUCAUCGCCCCGAUCGAUGCCAUUAGAGAAAAGGCAGCGACUUUCGGGGGCGAGGUGACGCAGAGCGAGACUGACGACCCGGAAGAGGGCGCCAGCGCAGCAAAGGACAAAGAUGUGGCCUUUGUCUUUCUCACAAGCUUCGGAACAGAAGGCCGUGAUCGGUCUAGUACGUUGGCGCCAGAUGACAAUGGGUAUGAUCUCGUCCAAGCGGUGGCAGAGGCCAGCGAGAAUGUCAUCGUCGUGGUACAUGCCGUCGGGCCCAUCAUCCUGGCACCCAUACUGGAGCUUCCCUCGGUCAAGUCGAUCGUCUGGGGUGGACUUCCGUCGCAGGAGAGUGGCAACGCUCUGGUGGAUGUUGUCUGGGGCGAUGUGAACCCCAGCGGCAAGCUGGUGUAUACCAUUGCGAAAGAUGCGGCUGACUAUAACACGAGAUCCCUACCUACAGAUGAUGACUUUAGUGAGGGUCUCUACAUCGAUUACCGCCACUUUGAUAAGGAAGGCAUCGACCCAGAGUAUGAAUUUGGAUUUGGACUAUCAUACACUGAGUUCAAGUACUCCGACAUUCAGAUCAGCUCUCAGGCAAGGAGCGGUCCUGCCAGCGGUGAAAUCGCCCCCGGAGGUCAGAGAGAUCUUUGGGACGAGGUUGUCAAAGUCACUACCAAGAUUACCAACGUGGGAAAGGUCGCUGGCGCAGAAGCCGCACAAUUAUAUAUUACCUUCCCGGAAUCAACUGAUACACCUCGGCAGCUGCGUGGCUUUGACAAGGUCUUUCUCAAUCCCGAUGCGUCAGGGACCGUGGCAUUUUCUCUUUUGCGUAGGGAUCUGAGUGUAUGGGAUGCGGAAAAUCAUGUAUGGACCAUCCCUAAGGGUAAGAUUGUAGUGAAUGUCGGAGCAAGCAGCAGGGAUCUGAGGCUCGAGGGCGUUAUCGAAAUCGCUUAG